AGCCAGGAGGCGGGCUCGCGCGGCGGGAGGCGGGCAGAGCGGAGCGGUGGGCUAGGGGCUGGAGGACAGGUUUGUGCGCUGGACGCAAGCCGCAGACGCAGCCUUGCUCACCGAGAACCGGCCAGAGACAGGGUUUCACCGUGUUGGCCAGGCUGGUCUCAAACUCCUGACCUCAGGUAAUCCACCCGCCUUGGCCUUCCAGAGUGCUGGGAUUACCAGAUGUGAGCCACCGUGCCUGGCCGACCCAUCUUCUAAGAGUCGAAUCUGUCUGUGUUGUGUUUACCUUUCUUUGCUCUCCCAAGAACGUGUUACGAGUCAGUUUUUAGUGAAAAAACAUUGGGCUAGGAGCCAAGACCCAUCUCUUCACUAUUUUGGUAUUGUGCAAGUCAUCUUAUCUCUCCGGACCUCAGUUGUCUCAUCUCUAAAAAGGAGAUAAAAAUUAUUUACCUGCCUGAACAUGAGGUGGAGGACCAUCCUGCUACAGUAUUGCUUUCUCUUGAUUACAUGUCUACUUACUGCUCUUGAAGCUGUGCCUAUAGACAUAGACAAGACAAAAGUACAAAAUAUUCACCCUGUGGAAAGUGCAAAGAUAGAACCACCAGAUACUGGACUUUAUUAUGAUGAAUAUCUCAAGCAAGUGAUUGAUGUGCUGGAAACAGAUAAACACUUCAGAGAAAAGCUCCAGAAAGCAGAUAUAGAGGAAAUAAAGAGUGGGAGGCUAAGCAAAGAACUGGAUUUAGUAAGUCACCAUGUGAGGACAAAACUUGAUGAACUGAAAAGGCAAGAAGUAGGAAGGUUAAGAAUGUUAAUUAAAGCUAAGUUGGAUUCCCUUCAAGAUAUAGGCAUGGACCACCAAGCUCUUCUAAAACAAUUUGAUCACCUAAACCACCUGAAUCCUGACAAGUUUGAAUCCACAGAUUUAGAUAUGCUAAUCAAAGCGGCAACAAGUGAUCUGGAAAACUAUGACAAGACUCGACAUGAAGAAUUUAAAAAAUAUGAAAUGAUGAAGGAACAUGAAAGGAGAGAAUAUUUAAAAACAUUGAAUGAAGAAAAGAGAAAAGAAGAAGAGUCUAAAUUUGAAGAAAUGAAGAAAAAGCAUGAAAAUCACCCUAAAGUUAAUCAUCCAGGAAGCAAAGAUCAACUAAAAGAGGUAUGGGAAGAGACUGAUGGAUUGGAUCCUAAUGACUUUGACCCCAAGACAUUUUUCAAAUUACAUGAUGUUAAUAGUGAUGGAUUCCUGGAUGAGCAAGAAUUAGAAGCCCUAUUUACUAAAGAGUUGGAGAAAGUAUAUGACCCUAAAAAUGAAGAGGAUGAUAUGGUAGAAAUGGAAGAAGAAAGGCUUAGAAUGAGGGAACAUGUAAUGAAUGAGGUUGAUACUAACAAAGACAGAUUGGUGACUCUGGAGGAGUUUUUGAAAGCCACAGAAAAAAAAGAAUUCUUGGAGCCAGAUAGCUGGGAGACAUUAGAUCAGCAACAGUUCUUCACAGAGGAAGAACUAAAAGAAUAUGAAAAUAUUAUUGCUUUACAAGAAAAUGAACUUAAGAAGAAGGCAGAUGAGCUUCAGAAACAAAAAGAAGAGCUACAACGUCAGCAUGAUCAACUGGAGGCUCAGAAGCUGGAAUAUCAUCAGGUCAUACAGCAGAUGGAACAAAAAAAAUUACAACAAGGAAUUCCUCCAUCAGGGCCAGCUGGAGAAUUGAAGUUUGAGCCACACAUUUAAAGUCUGAAGUCCACCAGAGCUCGGAAGAAAGCUGUUAACUCAACAUCUAUUUCAUCUUUUUAGCUCCCUUCCUUUUUCUCUGCUCAAUAAAUAUUUUAAAAGCAUAUUUGAAAUAAAGGAAGAUACUUU